AUGGACUUGCUUCUUUCCAACCAAGCUAAGCAAGAGCAGAUGAACUUUGUGGGUGGUCCUAAUCAAGAGGUUCCUCCCAAGAUCAAUGAGGUUGAUGGUUUGGAAGGCCAAGAAGAGCUGUGCUUCAUUAACAACAAUGGUUUUUGGUACAGGAAGGAGCCUAGCUUUCAGUACAACAACUACCAACAAAGGUCCUACUCUAACAACCAGCAAAGAGGACAAAAUAACCCUCUUGGUUUCAACAAUAACAACAAUCAGUCUACUCAGGCUCAAGGACGUUCUUCCCAAGCUCCAGCUUCAGAUACAAGUGUGGAUGCAAUGUUCAAGAAACUCUUGGAUUUUCUGGCAAAGAAUGAGAAGACAAUGGGGUAUGAGCUCAAGAACAUUCACUCCAAGAUUGAUGGAAGCUACAAUGAGCUUAACAACAAGAUCAGACAUUUGGAGAACCAGUUUGCUUCAAUGAAUUCUCAACCAAGUCGCCAACAAGGGGAAUUACCUGGAAAGCCAGAGCAAAAUCCCAAGGAAACUAUGAAAGCAAUCACCCUACGGAGUGGUAAACAGUUAUCUCCAAGAAUUCUCACCAAGGAUGGUGAAAAGCAAGAGAAAAAGACAGUGAAACAUGGUGAAACUGCUACUCCAACAAAGGACUCCUCUUUUGUUCCUCCUCCCUAUGAGCCAAAGCUACCAUUCCCUGGAAGAUUCAAAAGACAGCUAUUGGAGAAAUACAAGGCACUCUUUGAGAAACAAAUAAGUGAAGUUCAGGUCACAAUGCCCAUCAUUGAUGCUUUUAUGCUGGUUCCUCAAUACAGCAAAUUCUUGAAAGAUGUUGUAGCUGCAAAGAAGAAAGAGAUGGAGGGCAUGAUGAUCUUUACCCACGAGUGCAGUGCCAUUAUCCAGAAGUUAGAUGUUCCAAGGAAGCUAGUGGAUCCGAACCAGUUCUGA